GAUUGCCAUUGUAUUUUCUGCAAUCUGAUUGGAUGAUAUACAAAGGAUCAAAGAAAUUUAAGACAAAUAAGUAUAAGAAAGCCUGUGAACCAUCUACCAUAUAUCAUUUUACCGAAUCAACCAAGGUCGCCCCCUCAAAGUUCGGGUCGAUUACUGCCGCAGCACCUCG